GCAUCAUCGUUGUCGCUGCUCCCCCGACACGCUGUAUUGAAGCUGGCGUACCGUCGCCGUUAUCCGUCAGAUCGCACCUUUCGUGCAGCUGACUCUCCUUCUUUUCCCACCUUACAGAAUUCGCUUGCUUGGGGCAUGGCGAGCCGUGUCCUCGCGCUCAUUCGCCGCAUGCUGCGCUCCCGUGUUAUCCUCAUUCUUCUUCUCACUUCGUUGGUUCUGUUAUUCGGCUCUCUCCGCUCUCUCCCACAAAUUGUCAGCACAACAGUCAACUUACAAGAUAAUUUGCCUGAUAUCUUAGUGCGCGAUGUUGCUGUUCGGGUGUGUCCGCGACUUCUAUCUCGCUCAUGUACUAUGGACGGCUAUCGUAAGAUCUCCAAAGAUCUUCGCCUUGGCAGCUCGUGGCUCGGACAGGCCUAUCUCUUUGUAUCUGAAGUGCCUCGAUCUGAGAUAAGUCCUGACGCUCAGGUGGUCUUGGACGUCCACAUUGGCUCUGAGUCGCCAGCUCCCGUGGGCCCUGGUCAUGACAAGGAACCUCCUCAAAAACUUGAGUUUGAUAACAGAAAAUCUUACCAUGAACCACUGGUUGCUAGAUCUGAGAUGGAUCAAAGGGGAUCAUUUGAAGUUGAAGAAGGCGAAACCACAGUUGACAACAAAGGAAAGUGGAUUCGCAAAUCACACAACAUGUGGCUGAAAAUUGGAAGGCCCACCGAUUUCGCUGUUACAGAUGUCGACGUUCUAUUCGGUAUUGAUGCUGUUGAUCCACGAUUUGGCUGGUCACUCAAAGGUGACAGAAACAACUCUUUAGCGGUUGGCAGUGACGCGCACCCACGUGUCACCAUUAAGUUGGGACAAAAUCAAGAAGUACCUUCUGUUCGUCUAAGGGUGGAUUCGAAUGGGAAAUUCAAAAUCAUACAAGUAGCCGAUUUGCAUUUUUCGACCGGCGUUGGCAAGUGCUUGGACCCAUACCCGGAAGACACAGCUGAGAAUUGCGAGGCCGAUACGCGUACAUUGGCAUUCCUUAACCACCUACUCGAUGAGGAAAAACCUGAUUUCGCGGUUUUAACUGGUGACCAGAUUUUUGGCGACGCUGCGCCUGACGCCAAAACUGCUCUUCUGAAGUCUGUCGCACCAUUCAUCCAUCGGCAAAUACCCUUUGCAAUGACGUUUGGUAACCAUGACGAUGAGGCUGAUCUUUCACGAGAGCAAUUGAUGGACAUUGCUAGUCACCUCCCUUUUAGCAUGUCGCAAGCUGGGCCAGAAUUUGCUAAAGGAGUGGGAAAUUACCAGCAGACCGUAUACAUGCACAAAAAGGAUAAUCCCGUGGUCUCUAUCUACUUCCUAGAUACUCAUAAGUACUCGCCAAAUCCAAAGAAACUUCCGGGGUAUGACUGGAUAGACGAGUCUCAGCUUGAGUAUUUGAAAGCUACAUAUCAGCAGUUCUCGCCAUUAAGAUCCCUAGAUGUGAAAAAACAUCUGUCUAUGGCUUUCUUUCACAUCCCGUUGACAGAAUACCGAAAUACUUCCAAUCCAAUAGUUGGAAACUACAGGGAGCCGUCUACCGCACCCCGCCACAACACUGGAGCUCGAUCUUUACUUUCGGAGCUAGGGGUCUCUGUGGUAAGCGUGGGACACGAUCACGUUAAUGAUUUUUGCAUGUUUGAUCGGAGCUAUCAACCUUCAGGGAUGUGGGAUGCUGGACAAGACACAGAAGUCUCCGACGCUAAAAAUGUCCCUCAAAAGACCGCUAGCCGAACGUCACCCAUCGGUGAAGGUGAACAUCCUAUAUGGCUCUGUCAUGGUGGAGGUGCCGGAUUGGGUGGAUAUGGCGGGUACGGCGGAUACGUGCGACGGAUGCGAUUUUUCGAAAUCGAUGUAAAUACUAAUAUGAUCUCUACUUGGAAACGACUAGAGAACGGGAACACGGAGAGUAGGAUAGACCAGCAGGUGCUGGUCGAUGGUGGAACAAUCUUGGGUUUGUGAACUGCCCAGAGUGUUUUUUUAAUUUUCGGAUAGCUCGCAGUAAUAGACAGCCAAACUUU